CCCCACCUCCGCCCGCGGGCUCCCGCUCCGCUCAGACAAGCGGUGAGCUUCGUGUCGUUCCCGCGGCAGUCGGGCCGCAGCGCCGCUGUCAUGGAGUGAGUUGCGGAGUCCUGCGCUGCCCCGCGCUGCCUGCCCCGGCCCAGCUAUGGAGCUGAGGAGGUCCAUCUCGGCCAACGCGGAGGCCGAGAGACCGAUGAGACGCUACGGGGCAGUGGAGGAGACGGAGUGGAAGGCUGAAGCGCUGGGGAGAAAUCAACUUGACAUCAUUUCAAUGGCUGAAACAACAAUGAUGCCUGAGGAAAUCGAGCUUGAGAUGGCAAAGAUCCAGAGACUUCGGGAAGUCUUAGUCAGAAGAGAAUCAGAACUCAGGUUUAUGAUGGAUGACAUCCAACUGUGCAAAGACAUUAUGAACCUUAAGAAAGAGCUGCAGAGUUUGGUAGCAAUUCCAGAAAAAGAAAAAACAAAGAUGGAGAAACAAAGAGAGGAUGAGCUGAUUCAGAAGAUCCAUAGACUGGUACAAAAAAGAGAUUUUCUUGUAGAUGAUGCAGAGGUGGAGAGAUUACGAGAGAAAGAAGAAGACAAAGAGAUGGCUGAAUUCCUUCGAACCAAGUUAAAACCCUUAGAUAAAGCAACACAGUCUCCUACCAGCAGCCCAGUAGAAAAGAAGGCUGAACCUCCUCCAAGCAAGCCCGCCAUUGCCAAAGCUGGAUUGGCUAUUAUUAAAGAUUGUUGUGGGGCCACACAAUGCAACAUCAUGUAGCUCUGGGCUCUCUGCCGUGUUUGUCUUUUCAAAUGUUUUCAUUGAACAAAACUGCAGGGUGAGGGGAACUAACAAGCUUCCUGCUAACAGAAUCAAGAGCAAGUGGUACAACAGUAACAUGUGGAAUGUACAAUGGCAGGUUCUUCACUGUUGCAUGGAUCACUCAACACGCAUGCCUGAUAUCAAAAGAAAUCUACAUAGUGGCUGUCCAGUGACCAGAAAAGAUCUGUAGUAGAGUCAACAGAAACACCCCAUGAUAAAAGUGAAAAGAGGGUAUAUUUCAUCCAGUAAGGUGUAAAACAUCAAUUUUAACAGGCCAUCACUUUGUAAGAAUUUGUUGUACACUUCUUCCCCUUGACAAACAGCACUCAAAUUGCUGAAAUCUCCCAUUUUGGUUACUUUUCAAAACAAAAGCCACAAGUAGCAAUGCUGUAUAUAGUGUAACUGAUAGAUGAAGCAACUUUAGGACAACUGAUGUUGCAUACAAAAUACUUUGCAAACUAGUGUGAUGUUCAACUACUUUGCUGUGGAGUUUCACUUCCAAUUCUUUCUAAAGAAUGAGGAUCAGUGACAAGGAUGCCGCAAGUAGAGACAGAUUUUUAUAUACCAUAUGAUUUCUGAGUUACUCAAGUCAAAUGAAUAUUGCUUACACCAGGGAAAAUAAGUCUCUGGUAAAGAUUUAGCAAGCACAGGUACAGUAAUCUGCAAAUAGAUUAUGUAGUCCAAGCUGUGUCAUUUCUCUUUUAGAUCUCCACCUCUCAUGGAGCCAGAGAAAUAUUCACCCAGAGUUUUGUCCACUAUUAGAAGUUAUGUGCAGUAUGAGAUUACAUGAAACUGGUAGGUUACUGAGAAGAGAGUGGACUACAAAGUUUUAUCUAAUAUUUAAACAAUGCUUAAAAGAACUAUUAAUUGCAUAUUUCAUGACUGUAAGAAAUAAACUAUCAAGCAAAGGAAGACACUAGCCACCCAAGACAAAGUGACCACAUGACAAAUACACGGAAAAGUAGAUCUUUGUUGUAGGAAGAUCCCAUUCUACACAAAAUGGGUUUAAAAUUAAGGGAAAUACAGAAAGACUUACCUGUGCUUCACCAUUUAGUGUAUUUCUGGUCUCUUAUGCAGAUUAAGCCUUGUGGAUUCUAGUAUCUUUAUGUUAGCUGUCAGUAACUGGUUUGUCUGUGUGAUGGUAUUCCAUAUAAGUGUACUGUGAUAGGUGUAAAUAGUAAAAUAAAUUUACAUGAUCUAAUGUGAAAAAUCUCAGGCUUAGAAAUAACAGAUAGCAAAAAGUUACUAAAAAUAAGGUUUUUCAAGAAGAACUUCCAUUUUUGUGAAGCUAGCUAAGUGAAGUGUGCACUUAUAUACAAAGGAAUCACAGUUAUAGGAAAGGAGAAAAAAAAUUAACAGCAGUUCCUCAAAAGGGAUUAACAGUAACAUAUCUUACAAAGGAGAAGUAUCAUAUGAAGGUUCAAGGAGAUAAACAUUAUCUAAAGUAAUUCAGAAUAUUCUUGUACAAAUAAAACUUAAUCCCUAGCAUUGGAGUGAUUCAGUGAAGAACAUCGGCACUUCCAGAAGCAUUUGUUUCAGUACUGCAGACUCACUUGAGACAAAGAACCUACGUCACCAAGUUCCUUAAGGUUGAAGGAUCAAGGAGAAAAUAAUACCAAGCUUUCCACUAAGACAUGAAGCACUUUAAUAAUUUUGACCAAAGAUGUAGGAAAGGACAAAAUAUACCCAAAGGUUGAACAGUCACAUAUGUAUCAAUAAGGAUGCCAAAACUAUAUCAAAUUAAGACAAAGAAUUAUCAGUAUCUUAAGACAAGAAGCAAAUGUUCAGUGCCAUUAACAAAGACAAAUGGAAGUUAGGAAAGAAACCAGAAGCACCAAACUUAGCCUUAGGAGGAUCAGCUGUUACAACCACAUAUUGCAAAUUGCAGUAAGUAAAAGGACCUGAAGAAGCACUCAGCACACAGUUGUUGUAAGGCAAGAAGUGACUUAUGCAAAAGUGUUUAAACCAGGCUGUGCGGAUGAUCGGGGUGAUCUCUGCAUGCUGCACAGAACACACCGUCCCUUAGGGAAAAGUGAAGUCAGUGGAAUGUAGGUCUAUAUGAAAAAAAUUCACUAACAGGAAAUGGAGCUAGACAUAUCUAGGAUCCAACACAUGACUAGGAUACAGAGCCCCUUUAAUUAAAAUAAAGAAAACACAGGAAGUAUGAACCUGUAAUCUUCAUAUGCAGUUACUAUUGAUAGCCAGGGCCCCACAGGGACCUGAAGUACAGCAGUAUUAAUGAGUGAACUUCCUUUUGAAAUUCUAACUUGGCUCAGCUGAGUUAGAGUUUGUUUUGUUUGAUUAGCAAAUGCAUCCAUUUUGUUUAUAUUCAGGCAGGCUUGGCCAGCUUGCCUGCAAUGUAUCAGUGUCACUUUAGAAGGGGGUCAGUGAUGCUGCUUAGCAGUGACAUCCCAGACUUUUUAGUCUGAGGUCAGAUUCUCAACUGUGCUCAAUACUGGCUCGCAGUGUUGCCCCCCCCCCCCAGAACACAGCAAAGCACUCAUGGUGUACUUCUAACGUAAUGGUCUUAAACAGUUGAAACUUAAUGAAGGAAUGAAGUAUAUUAUGAUCUUGAUCCUUGUUUUUGAGAAGUCAGACUAAACCACUAAAUAUUCCCCUGUACCAUGAGGGGCUCUGUAACUUCUGUAAUCCCGUGAAUGUAACACAUUAUUAUGCAAACCUCGUAUGUCAGAAACAGCAAAAAGUAUGAGACAAGUAUCUUAAGGUGACUGUCUGCAAAGAGGGACAUGGGUUGACUGAAGAACCCAAAAUCUCUUCUACUGGCUGUUUAUCACUUCAGAAAGAAGACAAGGCAUCAGGAAAAGGAGAUUUAAGGUGGAUUUGACACAUUUCCUCUAUGAACCAGUAAAUGUGGCUAUAUUCAAGAAAGGAUCUUGGCCUACUGAGUAAACAAAAGUGCUGAAGUGCUAUUUGUACUAACCACCAAUACUACCAAGUGGUUCUCUUGUACCUUCCCCUAGCCCUACUAAAUCUCUUCAGCAAAGUAGAGAUAAACAUAUAUCCAAAUAAACUAAGCUGCUGUGUUAUACUAA